CUGCGAAGUACUCCUGAAGAAGGAAAUCGAAAAUGAAAGCAUCAAAGGACAGUACGCCACAGCCUCCACCGUACAGCGUAGUACCGCCUGCCAACAGCAAGGCACCAUAUCCAGUGCAGCCCGGGGCACCAGCUGGAACAGUGGCUGCAGGGUAUCCCCCACCACCCGGAUACCCGCACAGCGGGGUGCCAGUUAGCAAUGUUAUUGGAGAGUAUCCAGUACAUGCUGUCGGCACGGUGAUUGCGCCGCCACUGACCGUGGGCCCCGAAUCGUGCACCGCCGUCUGUCCCGCCUGUCACAAAACCGUCCAGACAGACGUCAAGGUCGUGUCAACCACCAGGACGCACACAUUCGCCCUGUUGCUAGCCAUGUUUGGAUGCUGUUUAUGCUGCUGCAUCCCGUACUGUGUGGACAGCCUGAGAGCGAAGCACCACUACUGUCCGGAGUGUAAAGCUUUUAUUGCAGCUUACGACAGAUGAAUCCAGUUGUUCAACGCUCUGUUCCUAGGGGAUGAUCUGAUGACACACAACUUUUGGCAUUAUUCCCCGGUUAAUGCCAUCAUCAAAAAUCUGCUUGUAUGAUAUUGUAAAUUGUGAAGCAUUGCUCCAGUUUAAAACUCACUAAAUGUACCUGGUGAUGAA